CAUGCCGGGGAUGGACACAUAGGAUAACAUGCCGGGGAUGGACACACAUAGGAUAACAUGCCGGGGAUGGACACAUAGGAUAACAUGCCGGGGAUGGACACAUAGGAUAACAUGCUGGGGAUGGACACACAGGAUAACAUGCCGGGGAUGGACACAUAGGAUAACAUGCCGGGGAUGGACACAUAGGAUAACAUGCCGGGGAUGGACACAUAGGAUAACAUGCCGGGGAUGGACACAUAGGAUAACAUGCCGGGGAUGGACACAUAGAAUAACAUGCCGGGGAUGGACACAUAGGAUAACA